CCUUAAUUAUGUUAAAGAUGGUAAUAAUCUGCUAGAUUGUGGUGGUGAGCACCAUACUGAAAUUGAUGUUAUUGUAAAGACAUGCUUCUAUAUUAUAAAUGGAUUACAAAAUGGAACUGGAGAGUCAUUUUGUCCUUUGAGUCUAUCUAUGGUUUAUGAAAGAGGUCGAAAGUGUGAUAUUAGAUUUUUAAGUUCAACCGGUAUAGCUAUUCCAACCAAAGCAAUCGAAGACC